AUGAGGAAGCUUAAACACUCAUUUAAAAAGGGGAAACCUCAACAUGGCAAGAGAUUAUUCGGGAAGACGAGAAGAAAAUUACAGAGGAGUGUAUCAACUAAAGAACAUUUCUUUCUCGAGCGGAUGACUUCAAUAUCUCAGAAGAGAACUCAUCAAGAACACUAUGACAAAGAGAAACAUCUCACUGAGAUGUUAAACAAUGGAGAUUUUGAUCAAAACUUGGCGACGAGCAAACAGAUUCAAACAAGGAUUGUCUCGCUUCCCGAGUAUUUGUCUCCUUUUAGCAGCCCGGGAAGAAUAUGGAACCAGAAUUCAACUGUGCUUUUGAGAUCUGCUUCAGAUGAGAUAUCAAAAGUUGAAGCUUAUGAUGAAGUCUUGAAAAAGGCGAGUGAAGCAAAGAGACAACCUUUGUGUAACCAACUGGAAGGAAAAAUUCAUCAUACGGACGAAAAACAAUCAGUGUUUAAGUACGUAAAAGCGGUGUUGGAUGCAGUAGACUCAAACUGGGAAGAGCUGUAUUUGAAAACAGAAUUCAGUGACCAGCUUCUUAAGCCGGCGUUGAUCAGCAACAUACCAUUCUAUCCAAACCAGAUCUGUAAUGACCAUGAGCUCCUCUUUGACUGCAUCAAUGAAGUUCUCUUUGAGUUCUGCAGGUUUCCUCAAUGGGUUUCUUUUGUUAAACCAAGAACGCAAGUCUUCUCAUUUAGUGUUGAAAGCAUCAUUCACAAGGUUCAAAAAGAGGUUUAUUGUCGUCUCUUACCAUCGCGGCUCGCUCACUCGGUGGACCAAAUAGUUAAGGAAGACAUGAGUAAACCCAGAAACUGGUUAGACAUUAGAUGUGACCUUGAGUGCAUUGGCUUUGAGACUAGUGAAUUGAUUCUAAAUGAAUUAUUGGAAGAACUUAUGCUUGACUUGUGUAGAGAAGGUGAUCAUCCUCUAUAA